GUUCAGGGCUGCUUCUGUGCUCUGCUCGCCCAUCAAAAAUUCUCAAAACCAAGUGCCCAUUGAAUGCCCACAGGCACCCACAACGGAGUAACAGUAACCACACAUUCCACGCCUGCACAGACAAUCACGUCCAUAAAAUUCAACAACACGUUCAGUCUGAGCACCAUUUGUGAUAUAAAACCGCUAACAAACCAACAGAUUUACAUCAUACCAGAGUACGGCAACGAGAGCGUUGCACGGGUAGUUUAUAACGGCUUGCGUGCGUACAAGCCGAUCAUACUGUGCUCAACGAGGUUUGCAUGCGGAUUGAAGUACGUGAAGAGCGGCAUGUACGUUGUGCUGUGUGAGAUGUGCGAGUUGCACGAUUUUGAGUGCUAUGCAGUGUUGGAUGACAAAUGUGAACGAGUGGUUGUUGUGGAUGUGGAAAAGGGACGGGCUAUCGUUGAUAGUACGAAUGAAAAUGUUGUGAAGUACUACCAGAUGCGAUACGGCACGGUGGAGGUGAGGAAAACGGGCGGUGUGAUGAUGAACGAUGAGGAGUGCGCUCAGCGGCUUAGUGCAGAUAAUGCUGCGCUGUGUGGUGUAACUGCAGGUGAUAGGGAACAAAACAUGGAGAACAUCGUAAAUGGACCGGUUGCCAGUGCGCUGAAGGAUGCUGUUGAACGAAAAGACGGAGCAAUGGACGAGAAGAGCAAAUUUGGUAGCGGUGCAAACCGCACAGAUGUAACAGCAAAGCACAGCAGCGAUUGCCAACCUAUCGGUGAGGAGGGAUUGGUCAAACAUACAGGCAAUGACCAUGAACCGUGCGGUUGCACUCCGGGAACAGGACAGACCCGAACUAAAAGCACCACCGUAACACCUCACAACACAGAAAGGGCGCACAGUUUUACAACCGAGUUCGACAGAGUAAAAUUUUUGGUAUCGCGGCUCAGCCGCGUAGAAAAGGUCAAGCACUUGAACAUCUUCGGCAUUUACUUCACAAACUUCAAACUUGAACAAUUCGCAUACAAAAUAAAGGAGUACCUGGUCAGCAGAGGUAAAAAAGUGUACAUGUACUACUUACGUGACAUUUCGUACGAGCGGUUAACGUGCAUGGAUGGAAUAGAAUGCGUUGUAAUCGUGGACUGCCGGUACCACACACGCUUUGACAUCAAUAUCGGCAUGCCGAUCGUUGUGCCGUUUGAACUCAAUUUGGCGUUUGACGGGGAGAGGUGGGACGGUGCGUACGAUGUCAAUACGUUCAACGAUGCCGGUGCGGAUGGCAACGAGUGCACUGAUAUGAUUGCAUGUGACUAUUACAGCACAGGCGAGCUGAUAAAGAGAAAUGAGGACCAGUGCGUUAAUUUCUAUGUUGAACAGUUUGAUGAUAGGAUUCAUGACGGGUUGGAUGGUAUAGCCGGGUCGUACAAGCAGAUGGGUGAGAGGUAGACCGUAUGAUUGCGACCAGAUCGGAUGGAAUGGUACGAAAAACGGUGCAAGUACGUGAUGAAGAAGAGAAAGGUUAAUGUUGGUGAAAGAGCGGUUGAACUGAUCGUGUGGUGUAUUAUGGGCGAAUACUGGCGUUGAACAACACGCAGAGCAAUCUUUUUGGGCAUGCCAGGUGAUGGGCCGGUAGAAAAGUGUCAUAACUAAGCAACUCGUAGAAAGAUGAGAUUGGCACGGUUGAAUCGAUACUUACACCACGAUAUAAGCGAUGAAACAGCGUGAUAAAGUGUUGGGCUCGAAUGUACGCAGCUAAACUGAACGGUAGUACGGGCACUAUCCGUUAACUUGCAGUAAAAGAAGCAUGUGGUGCGUAAAGGGGAUGCAAGCAUGUUACCGUAGCCCGAAACGAAAGAAUAAAAAUAUUUUUUGCAUCGAUAAGUCCUAGUUCGACUGUUCUUCCGUUUUGUACGACCAAUGCUUCGUCGUGCCUGG